AUGGACGUGCCGCCUGUGCAUCCUGGACCAGCCUCAGAUAAGAUAUUAGUGUUACAGGGUGAUCAUAGGUCCACCUACGCAAGUGAGGGACAACUAGUGGAUCAGACUCUCCGCGCCAGGAGACCGGACGACUUGUGGGAAUUUUUGAGGGAGAGAGCUUUCCAUCCUCGCGUAGUCGAGCGCCUCCUUAAUACGAGCUUCUAUAGUAUUUUUGAGAUUGGGCGGCUGCAGCUCGACUGGUCUCUGAUCACGGCGUUGAUAGAGCGGUGGCGACCGGAGACACACACUUUUUACCUGCCCAUUAGCGAGGCCACCCUCAUGCUUCAGGAUGUUCAGGUUUUAUAUGGGCUGCGUGCUGAUGGACUGGCUGUUGAACUGCCUCAGUAUAUGAGAUCUAUGACGCGUGGCCAGAAUUUGGACUUGCUGCAGCAGUUUACUGGUUUUAGGCCACAAGGUGAGAAUACAGCUAGAGGGGGUAGUCGCAUUGCUGUGACAGCUAUCAGACAACAUUUGGAGGUAUUGCACCCCGACAUCACCGGCGAGACAGAUGAUCUCCAUAUUCACCUGUACACGAGGUUGGCGCUGCUCCUUCUUAUUGGGGAUGUCUUGUUCCCGAACACUUUGGGAAAUCUAUUCAUCUGGACGCCAUACAACGACGAGUUUAUAGCUGGCCUGCCCGAUUAUUGCUCGGUCGACCGACAGCUUUGGAGAACUUCCGUCCCGCUGAUGUGCCUCGAUGUUGUGGAGCAUCAUGCCACAGAGCGG